AUGGCCGUUGAGCAGCCCAAUCUCACCCCGCCCUCAUUUGAGCAACACCCAACCGGCUUCGGAAUUGGGGUCGCUGCGCCGCGCAUUUCCUGGCGUUUCCUGUCGUCACCAUCCACGAUUCAAAAUUGGGAACAGGCUGGUUACGAUAUCGAAGUCGUACAUAUUCCAGAUUCGGAGGUGGAAGCAUAUCACUUUCCAAGUGGAAAUUCGGUUUUGGUUCCCUGGCCAAGCCGGCCCUUGCUUUCUCGUGGGCGGGCUCGGGUUCGGGUUCGUGCCCAUGGGCGGGUCGGAGAUGGUGAACUGAUAAAGGAUCUGGGUUCAACAAAUUGGUCCCCAUGGGCCAUGGUUGAAUGCGCCUUUCUGAACAGGUCGGAUUGGAUCAGUCGUCCCAUUACGACCGUCGAACGAUGCAAACCAGAUGGUCCUCAGGGAGCACGUCGAUUCCGGAAGGUAUUUACUAUUCCAUUCGGGGAAAUCAGCAAAGCGAGACUGUAUAUUACCAGUCUAGGAAGUUAUACGGCAUACAUCAAUGGCCGUAGAGUUGGUGAUGAGUGUCUGGCUCCUGGCUGGACGAGUUAUAACCAUCGAAUCAAUUACCAAGUAUUCGACAUUGGGAUGCUGGUUCAGCCCAGGCAGGAAAGCACAAUUGCGAUCGAGGUCGGGGAGGGGUGGUAUGCGACGAAACUGGGAUUUUUCGGUGGGAAGCGUUGUAUUUGGGGGAAAGAUCUGGCAGUGCUUGCUCAGCUGGAGGUCAUCUCAGCCCAAGGGGAGGAGUUCAGGCUCGUUUCUGAUAACUCGUGGAAGUGCAGUUCCAGUGCCAUCAUCAGAAGCGAGAUAUAUGAUGGGGAAUUGUAUGAUGCGCGAGUAGAAGAUGGAGGCUGGAAUGGAAAUAAUGCCUUUGACGACGGCUCGUGGCUUGAGACCAAGACACUUCAACUUCCCGCGGCACGAUUGGUGAUCCCCAAUGCUCCUCCAGUCCGUGUGACGGAGACGAUCCAACCGGUCGACAUAUUUACGACGCCUUCAGGGAAGACGAUUAUUGAUUUUGGUCAAAACUUGGUUGGGAAGUUGUGCAUCCACCGCCUGAAGAAACCACCCGGAAGUAAACUAAGGUUCAUUCAUGCCGAGGUGAUGGAGAACGGAGAGCUUGGAGUCCGUCCCCUCCGAGACGCAAAAUGUACCGAUGAAAUCAUCAUGUCUAAUCAGGAACUACUAGAAUGGUCUCCCCAGUACACUUUCCAUGGCUUCCGCUAUGUGCAGGUGGAUGGGUGGACCCCGGAAGAUGAGAUCUGCCCUCUGACAACAUUGAGUCUCAGUGCCUUGGUGAUGCAUACCGAUAUGGUCCGCACCGGCUAUUUCUCCUGUUCCCACCCGCUUGUGAAUAAACUUCACAACAACGCUGUCUGGAGCAUGCGUGGAAAUUUUUUGUCUAUCCCUACUGAUUGUCCUCAACGAGACGAGAGGCUAGGGUGGACGGGUGACAUUCAAAUUUUCUGUCCUUCUGCGAACUUCCUUUACAACACAGCUGGUAUGCUAGGAGAUUGGCUACAAGAUGUUGCCCUCGAGCAACUCUCCCACGUUCAUUCGAUUCCACCCCUAGUCGUCCCAAAUGCGAUUGAAGACCUCUGGAGUGGAAGUCCUCAUGCAGUAUGGGAUGACGUGACUGUGCUCACACCCUGGGCGCUUUUUCAAUCAUUUAGUGAUAUUGAAAUCCUACGUCGGCAAUAUCAGAGUAUGGUAGCUUGGGUUGACAAAGGUAUUCCUCGGGGCCCAGACGGACUUUGGGAUGUUGAAUAUUGGCAGCUAGGUGACUGGCUUGACCCAACAGCACCACCAGACCGACCCGGAGAUUCCCGGACUAAUGCCACCUUGGUAGCCGAUGCAUAUCUUGUACGAGUCACCUUUGUUAUUGCGGAAGUUUCUGAACUGCUUCGCGAAUCAUCCAAUUCCGCCCGCUAUCACGCUGAUUACCUGCGCCUGAAAUCAGUGUUCCAAGAGAAAUAUGUGGCCCCCUCUGGUCUCAUUAUCGGUGACACCCAAACAGCCCUCAGUCUUGCUCUGGUGUUCUCUCUUCUCGGCUCUGAUAAGCAAGUUGCCAUGGCAGGAAACCGUCUCGCAUACCUUGUACGACUUGCGGGCUACCGUGUAUCAACAGGAUUCGUCGGUACUCCGAUUAUCACACACGCUCUCACUAGUGCAGGAUAUUCACAGCUCGCCUAUCGUAUGCUACUAGAGAAAGGCUGCCCUUCAUGGAUUUACCCAAUUACCAUGGGGGCAACUACUAUCUGGGAACGCUGGGAUAGUAUGAAAGCAGACGGUUCCAUUAAUGGCGGCGAAAUGACCAGUUUCAACCAUUACGCCCUUGGGUCCAUAGUGAACUGGCUACAUACAACUGUGGCUGGAAUAACCCAAAUUGAGCCUGGUUGGAGCAAGAUCAAAGUUCAACCAAUCCCGGGAGGCACCAUCACAUCUGCAAAAGCGACUUAUGAAAGCCCCUUCGGCAAAAUUGAGUGUGCUUGGGAGGUGGCCAAUAACUCAACAUUUGUUCUGGACCUAGUCGUACCACCGAAUAGCAAGGCUCUUGUCGUCCUUCCUGGUGACAAUGAGGAUCAGUGGGUAGGAUCGGGCCGUCAUUCGUUUUCUAGGCCAUAUUUCCCAGCACCCUGGCCGCCUGCGCCAAUUCGUGACUUUCUUGGGCAGCCAAGCGUUGAGUUUAUUGCGUGA